AUUUGGAUCAAGAUCAACCCCGAAAAAGAGCUGCGGGGAGAAUUGGAAUUGGGGCUGAUCUUCGAUAGAAAUCGGUGGAUUUCUCCUCCUCAGAAAUGAUCGAUCAUCCAUUUCUUCUUCAAAAUACAUCUAAAUUUCAAAAAUGGGUGCAACUUCAUCUAUCGCUGGCAAAUCAUCAGUUCAUGAUUUUACAGUGAAGGAUUCCAGAGGAAAAGACGUGGAUCUCAGCAUAUAUAAAGGAAAAGUCCUGCUUAUCGUCAAUGUUGCUUCCAAAUGCGGAUUAACGAAUUCAAAUUACACCCAACUUACUGAGCUCUACAGGAAAUACAGGGAUAAAGGUUUUGAGAUACUAGCAUUCCCAUGCAAUCAAUUUAUGAAUCAAGAACCGGGGCCGGUAGAAGAGACCGUCCAGUUUGUCUGUGAGAGGUUCAGCGCUGAAUACCCAAUUUUUGCAAAAGUAAAAGUGAAUGGCAAGGAUAGCGAGCCGUUGUAUGAGUACUUGAAAGCAAAUGGAGGUGGAUUUAUGGGGACUGCUAUCAAAUGGAACUUCACAAAGUUUCUAAUCAGUAAGAAAGGCAAAGUAAUACGUCGAAUAGGUUCAAGAGUUGAACCAUCAACCAUUGAGGCUGACAUCCAGAAAGCUUUGGAAGAGCCCUAAUGAAAACCAGCUGAUAUCAUAGGAUUCAACAUUUAGACCAUUUGUCAUCUGGUUUUGGUAUUAAGAAGAUGAAUGAAUGGUUUGGUGAGAUUCCAUGUUCAAGUAAGUUUGAUUCAUCUGUAAAUUCAAUUUUGUUGCUCCAAUAGAAAAGGUUUUUUCUGAUCAUGCUACAUAAACGCUUAUUUGGUUUGAACCCCAGGCCCCAGCACGCGUAUCUUGUCGGAAUAUUUGUAUGAUUGUGUCCAAUCUUUCUGAAUUACGACGAUGACGAAACAACUACUAACUUAGCAAAUA